GGGAAGAACGCGGCCGGCGGCGACCGGAACCGGAAGCGGAACCGGGAUCAGGGGACCGGGACGCCGGGACUGGGAUCGGCAUCGCUGGGUUUGGCACGAGCACAGGGACCGGAGAGGGGCAGCGCGGGAGCCCCCGCUCCGUCCCCGCCGCUGCCGGGGGUGAGGGCCCGCCGCGGCCGGCCCAGCCAUGGCUGCGUGCGGCUGUAACGCGCUCCUGGCCGCGGCCAGGGCCAGUUUCAGGGGCUCCCAUCUCCUGGCGCGCUGCAGCCCUCUGUGCUCCCCAGCCGUCGCUCUCGUCCAGCUGGUGGAUCCCCAGCUCGCCUGGACCUGCAGGGACUCCAGGAGCCAUUUCUGGCCACGCCGUGCCUGCCUGGGCGCUGCCCUGCCUCGCUCACCUGCCCACGCCUUGCACACCUCCAGCAGCCCCCGGCAGCAGCUGCCGGGGGAAUCCCUGCCCCAGGGGAAGCCCAGGAACCAGGGAGCCAAAGCUGCUAAAAGCCCUGCCAAGCAGAGCGUGGUGGCUCCUGCGGGAAGGAAGCCCUUGCGACAGAAAAUGGUGGAUGAGCUGAAGCAUUACUACAACGGCUUCCACCUGCUCUGGACUGACACCAAGGUGGCUGCCAGGAUGGUGUGGAGGCUGCUCCACGGGCAGGUGCUCACCAGGAGGGAGAGGAGAAGGCUGCUGAGAACUUGUGCAGAUCUCUUCCGGCUGGUUCCCUUCCUGGUGUUUGUCAUUGUCCCCUUCAUGGAGUUUCUGUUACCUGUGUUCCUGAAGCUCUUCCCUGAAAUGCUGCCCUCGACAUUUGAGACGGAGUCCAAAAAGGAAGAGAAGCUGAAGAAGAAGUUGAAUGCGAGGCUGGAGUUAGCCAAGUUCCUGAGGGAGACCAUUGCAGAGAUGGCCAAAAGGAACAAGGCAGACCUGGGGAAAGGGAAACAAUUAUCCUUUUACCUGCACGAGCCCCGUCCCAGUGGCCAGCAGCCCAGCACACAGGAGGUCGUGCGCUUCUCCAAGCUCUUUGAGGACGAGCUGACCCUGGAGCACCUGGAGAGGCCGCAGCUGGUGGCCCUGUGCAAGCUGCUGGAGCUGCAGCCCCUGGGCACCAACAACCUGCUGCGCUUCCAGCUGCUGAUGCGGCUGCGCAGCAUCAAGGCCGACGACGAGAUGAUUGCCAAGGAAGGGGUCAGCGGGCUGAGCGUGCCGGAGCUGCAGAGCGCCUGCAGGGCCAGAGGGAUGCGCUCUCUGGGGCUCUCUGAGGAGCAGCUGAAGGAGCAGCUGGGGCAGUGGCUGGAUCUGCAUUUAAAGGAGAAUGUUCCCUCUUCUCUCCUCCUGCUUUCCCGUGCCUUGUACUUAAUAGAUCUAAAGCCACAAUCUGUUCCCAUUCCACAGAACAAGACAGCUGAAGCUGCUGGAGUGAUGACAUCUGUGCUUGAAGGUCAGGAGACCCUCCUGGACCCUGCCCCUGUUGUACAGGGAAGAAAGAAUGAAGAAUUUGUGUCCCAGCCAACAGAGAAAUUGCCAUUCUCUGAAGCAUCAGUGAAGCCUCCCCCACGAGAGACCAAAAUGGAAGCAUCCCAGAGCAGCAAGGCUGGUGCCAACGGAGCCUAACCUGGAGCCAGCACUGAGAGGAAGCAGCUUCCAUCUCCACUCCUCCUGCAAAGGGAGCAGGGAUUUCCCAGGAGGCUGCUCUACACAAGGAGGCAGUAGCCCUCAGGGGCCUCUCUCUCUGUCCCAAGCUUGCUAGCAACUAGGCCACUGCUGUCUGGAUGGCCCCAGACAUCUCUUUUGUGCUGGAUCCUUGCCCUGCUAUUUUUAACUUAUGGUGUAAAUAUGUUAAUAAUGGUGCUGCUGUCUGUGCUGUUCCUGAGCAGGUGUUUGUGCUUAGCAAAGGCAGCUUUUCAUGUUAGAAUGGCCUGUGCACAGAACAAGCUGGGCUGGGGUCCAGCAGAGCCUGUUCUGCAGUGUGAAAUCCUCUGCAGGAACAUCCCCACACACCCAGGGCCAGCAGCUUGUCCUGAGGGUCACAGCUCAGGCUGUUGGUCCUGUUUAGGGUGUUUUAGCCAGUGACCAGCCCACAACAACCCACGUGGCCACAGUUUUACUGAGGAGGGUGAGCACAGGGAGCGAGGGAGCAGCACUUGCUGCUGUGGUGGGACUGAUCAGGAGGGCUUCAGGCCUUGCUGGACAGGAGCAGAGGCAGUGACAGGAGCAGCCUCCUCCACCUGUGAGUGUUUGCUUCCCCACGGGAGCUGUGCAGGUGCCACACACUGUGACAGAAGCAGACUUGCACUUUCAGGAUCCCUCUGGGUCACAAGAGGGAGCAACCUGGACCUGCACACCUCUCCCAAGUGUGGAGCUUUGGUUAAUCCUCACCAGGCUCAGAAUACACCCCAAGUGCUCUCCAUACUUGCCAAGUGACUCCUCACAUGCUCCAGUGGUGGCUCAGUUUUUACCAGACUCUCAGAGGAUACUGAAAAGCUGUUUUUAGCAUUUGUUAAAUUUUUUACUCUGUCCUAUGUAAAUGCUGAGAAAUUACUCACAUGAUGGAUUUUAAAUAUGUAUAUUUAUACUUACUGUAAAAUUAGAUUUGGUGCUAAGUAGGAAUGAAAUGUCUCUUCCAGAGGUCAGCCAGCCUUUAGAACAACCCUACUGAAAGCCAGUUCUCCAAGCUCAGGUGUGAGCAGCACUUUAAUCCCGAGGCCUCAGGCUCCUACAGCAAAACAGAGCCAGCUGUCAGGUGUCCUGUGUCCUCAGCUCUGUACCUGAGCCUCUCCUUGUUCACCCAGCCCGUCCACAGCGCCAGCUCUGUGUCUAAUAAAUGGGAACAAACGUUAUUUCAAUAAAAUAACACCUUGCUGUGGA